GGCACUGGCAUGCAUGCAUAUUCACUAGUCUCUCUUUGGGAAGGAAACAACCACAUGCAGAAAUGAAAGGAUUCACUGGGAAUAAGUGAGAGUGAGGCUGAGAUCGCUGAGUUCGUUCAAAGGGAGGAGCAGGGAGGCUUCCUGGACUGUGUUUUUCAUGCGCUUUGCUAGUGGGGUACGAUGUCCCUGCAGCCUGCCUGGUGCUGCUAGCCCCCAUCAGCCAGAGACGGAGUCAGAACUGAUUGUAAUAGGAAAAGGGCUGUCGAAAAGACUUGUGGACCAUCAUUUUCAAGCAAAAAAUGAAUAUCGCCUUCCAGCGCCUUUUACAAAAAGUGUACAAGAAGCAAUUGACAACUAUUCCUUGGCUUCUGUUUCCUCACUUUCACCAAGUGGACAAACAACCCCCACAGAUUUGAAUAACUCUUGGUCAGGGAUACAGAGCUAUACUACUGGCCCAUCUACUGAAAGAAGUUCUGUUUACUCCUGGGGCGAUGAUGAGUUUGAUAAAGCGAAUACCCAGAGAGUGCAUCAGUUGUUUUGGGACGUGGAUGAAAUGCUGUUUGAAGGAAAAGCGAGCUCCCAAACUGAAAAUCUAAAGACAGAAUGCAAAGACUGGACAAAUAGAUCACUUCACUUAAGGAUUUUGGGAAAACAGCUUCUUUUUCCAAAAGAUGAGGGUUUUCAGCAUUACCAGAGCAGAAGUUCUAGUUCUAUGUAUUCGAAAUCUGUACCUAGUUUGAGUGAAAUCAACACCAGUAUGAAAGAGUUAUGCAUCUCAGGAUCAAAACUGGUACCUGCAGCUUUUCCAGUACACAAAGCAUUCCAUCCCGAAUUAUCAGAUCUUUCUUUAUCUGAAUCACCUGGAUAUUCAUUCUUGGAGGAAGAAAUUUAUGAUGCAGAAGGAAAAAUGGAAGAAUAUCUUGCAUUUGACAAGAAGGAACUUGAUGAUGAAGGUUUAGAGCAAAGGAAUGCUCAACUUGCCCAAAAACAGAUUAAAUAUGGCAUUCCUCCUGUUUCUCCCAACUCCUGCAUCAAAGAAGCUGUGAUUGCUGAAGUAUUUGAUCAAAUCUGGAAAAAUAUAAUUAAAAUACUGGAAGAAUUAAUAAGAAAAUACUGGGAAUCAUCUAUUACAAAAAAUGACAAGCAUACGGAGAAAUCAAAAGUUAUUGGAAAUAAGUUGUCAUAUAUUCCACCUUCCCGUGUGAUGUUAGAUAUAGCAAGUGUUCCUCCAUCCAGAGGGUCAGAGGUUCGAUCCAUGUCUUUUGGUCUGCAUUUUGGACAAUCCCAGGCCCACCGUUUCUCCAGCAGUUCACAUGGCAAUUUAAAUGGUGUCAUGACAAUUCAAGCUAAACCACUACAACAGAGACAUUCAAGCUUCAUUGAAAAGUAUGAACAAGAAGACAAGCUCCAGGGUGUGGGUUCCAGUAUUAAUUCAUCAAAGAAUCGAGUGGGGCGAAUGACUGAUAGCAAUAUCUCAGCAUUACCUCGAGUGUUGCCUGGAUCGUCUAAGAAAAUAGUAGGCCAUCGUAGGUUACCAUCAUUAGCACAAGACCAACUACGUUUAAAGACUCCCAAUGUUUACAGUGAUGAGGUCCUGCGAGGAACAAAAUUAUGCACUACCUUAGAUCGUUUGCCAUCUCCAUUUACACCUGCUGUCCGGAACAAGUUGCCACCCAUAAAUUCAGACACCAUUGAUCAAUACCUUUCAGUCCCUGGACUACGCUUAAGUUUUCAUAGAGGAAAACAUCUUCACAGCAGAAUAUCCAGUGCAGUACCUCACGGUCUGGAACGACGACCUCAUAGGGAGCGAACUGUCUUAAUAGAUCAGUUUUCAAGGCCCAACACAACUCAUACAUUCCGGUCAGAUACACCUCAGAAAAGGUCAGUAACUUCUAUGGAUCUUGCUAAUCAGUUGUGGAUGGGCCAAGGGAUAGUAACAGGUGCACAGUUCCAUGCCAGGUCAUUCCAAAAAAAUCCAUCUCUCUCUAGGAGAAGAUUUCAAGUUGCUUAAUGACAUUUAGGAGCAAGAAGAGAAGAAAAUAUUAUUGGCACACAGUCAAAAUCCUCAAUAACGCAGCAAUCUUUAGGAGUACUGAAAUGCUGACUCUUGAGCGUUCCGUAUGUGUGCAUAUUGCCUGAAUGUGGAGUGCCAUUUGGUUUUUAAAAGUAUAAAUUUCUACUAAACUGAAUAAGAAAGAGCCCUUUAUGUUCCUAUUUUCUCAUGUGGAUCCAAUUCAUAAUUAUAGCUAAGCCAAAUUA